AUGCGUUCCACUGGCGUCAACGGCGAACCAUUCAAAGUCUCGCCCAACGUGGCUGUGAUUAAAAGCAUCAAUCCAAAUUACACUGGGUUUGACUAUAUCUCUUGGUAUCUUGGCAAUGCCCGCCAGGCUGCCACCUACUUCGUCGCUCACUUCGGCUUUCGGGUCAUUGCAUACUGCGGACCAGAGACCGGAUCGUACCUGACAACUUCCUAUGUUGUUGCCAACGGUAACGCUCGCUUUAUGCUGACUGCUCCAAUAGCCGGGCCACGGAACAUACCCUCCGACAAGCAUGUGUCCGAAAAGGACCGCAAUCUGCUGAAUGAGAUUCAAGCACACUUGAUCAAGCACGGCGACGGAGUCAAGGAUAUUGCCUUCCAGGUUGACGAUGUUAGAGGCGUCUGGGAGCAUGCUGUUCAAAACGGGGCUAUAUCUAUCCAGAAGCCAACCAUCCUUACCGAUGAAAAGGAUGGGGAAGUACUCUGUGCGACCAUCAAGACUUAUGGCGAUACAGCCCACACCUUGAUCAAUCGAUCGAAUUACCGAGGAGUUUUCCUUCCAGGCUUUCGCUCGGUCAAUGAUAUGAAUGCUCUGAAUGAGCUAUUGCCCAAGGUCGAUCUAAUUGAAAUUGAUCACUGCGUCGGAAACCAACCUUGGAAUGGUCUCGACGGGAUUGUCAAAUAUUACGAAGAUGCUCUGAACUUCCACCGCUAUUGGUCUGUGGACGACAAAGAUAUGUGCUCGGACUAUUCGGCCAUGCGAUCCGUCGUUGUGGCAUCUCCUAACAAUGUAAUCAAAAUGCCGAUGAACGAGCCAGCCACCGGUUUGAAGAAAUCCCAGAUUGAAGAAUUCGUGGACUAUUACGGUGGGGCAGGCUGUCAGCAUAUCGCUUUCCGAACCAACAACAUCAUCGAAGCCGUUGAAAACCUUACACACCGCGGUGUAAGCUUUCUUUCAGUGCCCAGCAGCUAUUACGUGAAUAUGCGGGAGCGACUAGCCAUGAAAAAUGUGGAACUUGCCGAAGAUAUCACCCUCCUGCAAAAAUAUAAUAUCCUUAUCGACUUCGAUGAAGGGGGGUAUCUUCUACAGAUCUUCACGAAGCACGUAAUCGACCGUCCUACUGUCUUCAUAGAAAUCAUUCAAAGAGAGAAUUUCGAUGGCUUUGGAGCUGGGAACUUCAAGAGUCUGUUCGAAGCUUUUGAGAGGGAACAGGCGUUGCGCGGGAAUCUCUGA